AUGGAAGCGUGGGGCGGCUCCGCUUCCCAAAGGUCCGCACCCCCAGUGGCGGCGCCACCACUGGCGGACGGGCAGCUGACCCAAGUGCCGUUGGACAACCCGGCGAGCCAGGAGCGCGCAGCCAAGGAUCAGCAGCUGCACGCCACGGAGACGAGCCUGAGGACCAAGGAGGAGGAGCUGAGGAGGAUGCAGGAGGCGGUGGAGAAACGCGUGGCGCAGCAGGUGACUCGCGUGGCACAGGAGGCGAAAAAGCUGGAGCAGCUCAGGAAGGAGCUGGAGACGAUAGAGGAUCCGACCAAGAAGGAGGUGGCGGAUUUGAGGAAGCGGAUCGAGCUGGUGGAUCGGGAGCUGCGGCCCAUGCGGGCUCUUGUUGAGAGGAAGGAGAAGGAGCUGAAAGAUGCCACCACAGCAUACAACAACAAGAAUGCACAGAAGUCAGAGCUGGUUGGGAAGCUUUUCGAGAUUGUGACGGAGAGCGAGCGGCAACGGCUGGACAAACUGGAGGAAAUAACCACGCUGCUGAUGCAGAUGGAACGGAAAGAAGGGGGACAGUGA